CAGCAGCAACGCGAUCGCCUCGUGUGGUUUGCCAAUGCCUCCUCGUAACCCCGACGACAGUGGAGUUCCGCACUCCAUUCUCCACUCACUCCAUCACCUCUUUGGUGGUCCACACUCCCCACGUCUCUUCCGUACUCCUCGUCAUCGUCUCUCCAGGUCGCCGUGAUGGAGGUCACUCCUCGUCUGCUCAUUCUCUUCACCUGCCUGUUCGUCCUCCUGCUCGCCCCAGGCCAUGCUUUGAAAUGUCAUGAGUGCAAUGGCGUCGAUCAAUGCAAUCAUUCUAAACCAAUGGAGUGUCCAGCUGACAACCACUGCAUCACGGAUUUCAACGGAACAAGUGUAGCAAUCUCCAAAGGCUGUGCAGCGUUGUGCCCCGAGGGAUUAUUCUGCUGCAGAAAAGAAGAAUGCAACAAGCGCUCCAUUUUGCUCGAGUGCUUCAAUUGCACCGACCUCGCCUGUACAAACAGGACGACAAAAUUGUGCAGCAAAGGUGGCCAUUUUUGCUUUGCUAGCCAAGUCUACGAGGAUCACGUGUCCAGAGGCUGCAGGAAGGAAUGCCCUGAAAGUGCCAAUGUCACUUGCUGCCAGAAGGACCGCUGCAACAUCGCACCUGGCAAUAACACAAGUGGCAACGGCGCAUCUGACAGCAAAGCGAGUGGCAACAGUCAACCUAGCAAGAGUCCAACUACCAACAAAGCAAGAGGCAACAGCCCGCCUGGCAACAAGUCAAGUGGCAAGAGCGCACCUGACAAAGGAGAUGGCAACAGCGCGCCUGGCCUGUCGGCUUGCCUCCCGCAAGGCCUCGGGCUACUUUUCAUGGCCACUAUGAUGCGCCUGCUUCAAGGCUAAAAUGGUGUCCCUAGCAUGGCGGCCAUGACAGGGAUAGCAGACGCACGCGUAACGGAGCAUUGUUAUUAUUAUUGUACAACACACACAGAUCUUUUGUUUAGGCUUUUAGACUGUUAGGGCAAUUGCCUUUCUUGUGAUAAUACACAGGCAUGCGUACCGUUUAUAUAUAUAUUCACGAGGGCUGUUUUCAAUGUUUGUAAGCCUCACUCGUAGACAUGAUAGGAGCUCAAAUUGAGAACGUGUUUGAACAUAUUCUCCUCUUGGCCGACCGUGGAGAGCCAUCCUCGUUCAUUGGCCCAAUCUCGUUUGGAUUGUUUACCUUUAAUUUCUGCAUAAUGUAUGUCGGUGUUUUGUUCGCCGCCAUUAAUGUGUCCAUUAGCAUAUGAUUUGCAUGCUAUUUUGAUACACGUUAAGUACUAUAAUUGGUGAUCACGUGACUCUUAUACACAUCACCAUGCUCGCCGUGCGAUGGUGCAUUGUGGGUCAAGUAAAAUACUCGCAUUUUACGUUGUUGUUAUUAUCUUUUAAAGUGAACAUCUGACUCAUCAAGUUAUAAUAAUGAUACAAUGUACAGCCCUUUUAUCAAUCCACUGCUGAACGAAGGCCCCUAUGCUCGCAAUGCUUUACCAACACACAUGCCAGUGCGGUUUGUGAAACUAUACGUACAGCAUUAGAUAUAGAUAUUUUUUACACUGCUGUGUGAGAUAUGGAGUCAUCCCUUUCACAGUAUUGAAUCCCUUCUUCUGCAGGGUAUUAAAUAGUGUAAAAGUGAUGGCUUUAAUACGUGUAUAUGGGUGAUACAUACCUGUCAACCCCUUAUCAGUGCCUACCUUAUUACAGACCAAUUCAGACCUUAUUGCUCACCCCGUGCCCUGACAAAUCACAAUGGAGAAACACAAACAAAUGAACACAUUUUUUUGCCGUAUUUAAACGGCUGUAUGGCGUAAUGGACCUGAAAACUAAAUUUACUUGUACAAGAAUACGGGUAGACCGUAUGGGUUGACAGGUAUGCUGACAUGUAGAAGCUUUGUAAUACUGUACUGUUUUCGAUCCGUUUCCCCCUAUUUUAGUUGGGUCUCUGUAAAUGGAUCAGACUGUGUAAUUCUGCACGAGCGCUGCGUGCGCGCCCCCUUGCGAACAAUAUUGAAAAGUUUUUUUUUGUUCAUCGUAAAAGGGUUUUUUUUAAUUGCUAUUAAGUUUAAAGUUUUGCUGACUGGCUUCCUGGAGGGAGGGAACGACGAACGGUCACAUCCAAAUUGGCGUGCGCGUUGCGAGUAUUUAUAUAACGUGCAUAACAUGCCUCCAUGUUACGGAGUGCACUUGACAAUAAAAGUAUCUUACACGUAAACGUUGCAGCAGUGCCUCUUCGCAU